GCUCCAAUGCAUCAUGGGAGUUGUAGUUCAGUUUGCCUUGGUCUGUUCGAGAAGGCGAGGCCUCAUCAAAAUACAACUCCCAUCUCGACCCUCGCACGCCGAGCCUCGUCGUCCAAUCUGAAUAUGUGGGAGGAGCACGUCCGCCCACAAAAGCCACAGCUAUCUCCCCGUAUCUCCCCCUUAAAAAAAUCAAUUGUGCACGAAAAAAAGGGAAUACGCUUAAAUUACAAAUAUUGGUGACGGCUGGUUUUCGAUGCACGACGGACGGCGACGAGGCGUCCCCGCGUCGUGUGGCGAAAGGAACGGCGGUGACAGGCAGGAACAGCGAGGAGGGUGUUGUCCUGAUGCUUAAAUGGAAGUGGGUGGGCCUCUAUAGUCACACACUGCCAACUUCUCUGUGGAUAUCUCUCUGACAAGCGUUAAUUUGCUCGUUUAUGGACUGUCUAUCCAAAUAGGAAAGACAUAGGAUAGGACUGCGAGCAGUCGAAAGGACCGGGGACGGUUACUACGCUCUUGGUUGUGUCCGUUAUUUGGAGCCGCUUGAUUGUGCCUGCGCUUGGCACCGCCCUUCCUGGCCGGUGGGUGGUUUCGUCAAACGGGCAGAUCCGCCACGGCCCAGAGUCGAACAUAUAGGCCGUCCUCCGUCUCUGUACCCGGCCGGCCUUCUACCGUGAACUACACCCUCUCCCCCUCGGUAUAUUAAUGCGUUAUGAGUGACUCGAAGAAGGAAUCAUCUGGAACUGAAGGAGGGAAAGCAUCUAAAAGGGGGAAAAGUUCUGGAUUGCAGGAUUCAUCUCAGCCCUCUCCGUUGGCUCUGCUAGCAGCCACCUGCAGUAAGAUCGGAGGGCAGGGGGUAGCAGAGGGGGCCCAGGCCCAGGCGGGUACCCAGCAGAUCCAAGUCCAGGCUGGUCAAAUUCAGCUGCAGGCAGGUCAGCUUCAGGGUCAGAUAGUGGUGGAUGCAGCUGGGGGUCAAGCUCUUGUGCCCCAGCAGCUGGAACUGGUCCCAGCUCAGUUCACAGGGAACGGCUGGCAGAUCAUCACAGCAGCACCUACUAUGACCAAGGAGAACACCAGUCAACCUGUUGCUGUGACAGUGGCCACCACUUUGGCCAAUGACAGUUCACCUGGUGGACGCAAGAUAAAGGCAACAAGUGGGACCAACAGCGUCCCAACCAAUCAACAGCCGCAGCAGUUUCAGAUCAUCCAGGUUCAGAACCUUCCCAAUGCUGGAGGUGGUGUCCAGUAUCAGGUUAUCCCUCACCUGCAAACUGCAGAUGGACAGCAGAUCCACAUCAGUCCCCAGCCGGCUUCCAUCGGCGCUUUACCUGAACAGGUUCAGCUUAUUCAAACCCCAACCUCAGGCCAGACCCAGGCUAUUCUCCAGCAAGCCAACCAGCAGGCUAUCCUACCAAGCACAGCCAAUCAGACGGUCCCACUGCAAAUCCGUCCUGCACAGUCAUUUCCACUUCAACUGCAAACUCUGCAAAGCUCGCAGACUCCUCUUAUGACCACAGUACCCAUAAACCUAGGUGGCAUGACCUUGGCUUUGCCUGUGAUUAAUAAUGUUGGAGGGGGCGGGGCAGUGCAGCUUAUCCAAUCAGCAGAUGGCACAUUCUCAAUUGCUAAUGGUAACCAAUUGGUGACAACAACAGUGUCUGGAGCAGCUCCAGGAGCAGCUGGAUCAACCUUGGCAGUAGCAGAAGGUGACAGCAUUCCCGAUGGGGCUCAAGUAGCUGCUGUUGGAUCGGAGGUUGGGUCAGUUGACACCCAAUUGCAGAGCAAUGAGGCAGACUCUCAGAGCCAGGCCAAUGGGCUGCAGAACCAGACAGAUACGGCAGGAACCAUCCAGCAGGUGAUCGUGGGACAGGUGGGACACCAGUUGGUGCAGCAGAUCCAGCUACAACCCCAGGCUCAAAGUCAGGGUCAGACACAGGGCCAGCAGCAACCUCAGCAUAUUCAGACCCUCCAGCUGGCCCCAGGACAGACCUUACAGCCCAUUCAGGCCUUCCAGAACCCAGCCCAGGUUCUCAUUCGUACGCCAACCCUGUCACCCUCUGGGCAGAUCACCUGGCAGACACUGCAACUGCCUGGGGGAGUCUCUCUGCAGGGUGGACUGGGUACAGCUGUGCCACAACAGCUCACCCUGGCUCCGGUGGCUGGUGGGACGACAGUAGGAAGUGGAGGGCUUGUGUCCUUGAGUGGAGCUCCUUUGACACUGAGUGCAGCCCAGAUAAACCCAGGCUCAGGGGUGCAGACAGUCAGCAUUGCAGGACUGGGCACAGCUGGGGUUCAGGUGCAGGGUGUACCCCUCACCAUUACUGGUCUACAGGGUCAACCACAGUGUCAAGAUGGGGUCAAAGUUCAGUCACCUCCUGUGACUGUUACUGUUGGCAACGUGGCCUCAGGUUCAUCUUUGAGUCCAGACCAGCUGGGCUCCGUUCAGAGCUCUUCUGACCAGGAGGGGCUGCCCAGCAAGAGGCUAAGACGUGUUGCCUGCUCUUGUCCAAACUGCAGGGACGGAGAGGGAAGGAACAGUGGAGAUCCUACAAAGAAAAAGCAGCACAUCUGCCACAUGGAGGGCUGCGGGAAGGUGUAUGGAAAGACAUCCCACCUAAGAGCCCACCUGCGCUGGCACACUGGUGAGAGGCCGUUUGUCUGUAACUGGAUAUUCUGUGGCAAGAGGUUCACCCGGAGCGACGAGCUGCAGAGACACCGAAGAACGCACACAGGAGAAAAGCGCUUUGAGUGCCCUGAAUGCUCCAAGCGCUUCAUGCGCAGUGACCACCUCUCUAAGCACAUCAAAACCCACCAGAACAAGAAAGGCGGAGCCGCUGUGGCAAUCAUCACCACUGACGACGUGGAGGAAGAUGCCCCUGAAGGGCUGGGUGACUCCCCUCAGAUCGUCUCCGUAGGAACCCUCACGCGUGACUCGGACCCUGCUACACCCACCACCUCCAACCACCUGGAGGAGGAGGAGGUAGAGGAAGAGUUUGAAUAGGUGACUGACUCCUGUUUCUUGGCUGAUGGCAGACUUCCUGUUUUUUUGGAGGUCUUUGCAGGGACCGUGAGGCUUCUUUUUUUUUUUUUUUUUGUCUGUUUUGUUUAAUUUUCUUUAUUUUACAUACUUUUAAAAAUGUUCACUCAUGAAAAGGGACUCAAAAGAGACAAGAUCAUGAAAAUGAAGAUAGACUGAAAACUAUAGACAUCACAAUCUAAAAAAAAACUAACAUAUUAUAAAAAAAUUUAGACUGAGUUAUGAAAGAUUAGUUUGGCAUUUAUAAAAAUUAAUAUAUAACAACUUUGUGAGCUGUGUGGAAAAGGAUUGUAAGUAGUUUAGCACAAGACAGGGGGACCUGAUGAAUCUAAAACCAUCUGACACAGAGGCAUUUUCCUAACAGAAUCAAACUCUAUGCACAAAGUUGUGUUUCUGUUUCGUACCUGUCACACAGUGCUGAGGAUCAAUCAUGGUACAGGGCGGCUAUCCAUUGUGUGUCUAAAUGGAUAAAUGUGGCGUGCUUGAAUGUGUGUGUAUUUGUAUUCUCACACUGUCCCUGCAGAGGAUCUACCUAACAUGAGCUUAAUUUAAGGUUCAGGUUCAGUCCUCAGAUCAGAUUCAGGUGUUGAUUCCUUUGAUUAGUCAACAAAUAAAAUUGUUCUUGAAGAGGACAGAUAGGGAGUAAUUUUAAAAGAAAGGAAGAGUAGAAAAAAAGCACAUAUAAAAAGAUUUAUGAAUAAUGCAUUCCUAUUGAGGCGCAGUGGCCAUAAGAAAAAAAAAAAGGUUCUAUAGAGAAAAACAAUCUAGCUUUCUACAACUUUGUUUGUGUAGUGAAAGCAAUACUAUAAUGACAAUCCUAGUGAAACCAUGUUUACAUUGUCAGGGGAAGUUUUCUUUAAUAAAAACAAGCCAGUUUGCUAUAAGAUCCGGGAAGACAUCGGAAAGUAGUGCCGUCGUCUGAAGAAACCUGGCUGCUUUGCAUUUACCAAAGGGCGGCUUCGACAACAGAUCUGCAGAGCCCAGCGAGUGCGUACUUGUCAUUUUGACACCAGGUUAAACGUGACCCUGCGUUUUGUCAGGUGGCAGCACUGUCACUGAUGCUACCUAAAGCUUCCUGUGCUCUGGUGAAGACCCCUCGCCACCUCUAAUCCCGUCACAUGACCGAUGUACCAUAAUUGCCUUAACACAAGCUGUUGUACAGAGGGCACUUCAGAGGAAGAUGGGUGGAGAAAGGAGGGGAGACCAGAGCACAGGCAGGUGGAGUAAGGCAGAGUAAGGAGAACUGCGGGUGGGUCGGGCUCUUUAGCUAUGUGGAUAUAAAAUGUUUUCUGGUGAUGUUGCUCUUUGUUAGCUUAGUGCGUACAUUCAGUUUUACUUAAAAGAUGUUUAUUUUAUAGAAUUUAUCAGUUUUAACCCCCUCUCCAAGUGUGUUGGUACACAGGACCCCCACUGUGUAUGGCUAAUUUAUUAUUUAUCCUUGAUUUGUAAUAUUUGCCUUUUGCUGGACUUGUAUUUGUGUGCGUUGAUUCUAAGGUUGUGUACAGCAUGUUUCAGUUUUUUGCCGUAGUGCUGCUUCUCUCUCUCCUUUAAUCUUUGUGCUUUGGUUUUUUUUUUCUACGUCUGACCCUUGCUCUUCAUUUCUUCUUUUUCUCUUUGCGCCAUAAUGUGUUUUUGGAGAAAAAUAAAUAGAAGAAAAGCAUAAAGAAAAAAAAAAGAAAGAAAAAAUUACUAUUGUUUAAAGUUGAUACCAAACAAAAUUUAGAUGUUUUUUGGUAAAUUUUUUUGUGUGACAACCAGCUUUUUUUUUUCUUUGAUAUUUUGUAGUGACAUCUCAUUUGUAAAUCUUUUUCUAAAGAUGUUUGUUCGUCUCCAUGACAUUUGAUAAUGGGUUUUUGCCAGGUUAGCCUCAAAGGCUCCAGUUUAUUGAUAUUUUUAAAACUGGUUUGUACAAAUGUGUUAUGUCAAUAAAUAAAAAAAGGACAACUUCAAAAAAGAAAUAUGCUUUGCCUGCAUAACACUUGACAAUAAAGUGAGUGUUAAACUCUC